CUUCUUAAUGUUUGUUUUGAGAAACUACCUAUCUUCUUUUGUUCUCAGUUUGUUCAGAGGUGUGUUAAUUGGCCAGCCUUUCUGCGACAAAAAAGAAUCUUGAAAAUCUCCAAGUACCACGUAAAUCCCAUCGAUUUCUUCAACUUAGCUACUAAGUUCCAAUGGUUAGAUUCGAUAAUGAGACAUCCUCCUCUUCCUCCUCCUCCUCAUCAUCAUUGGAAUCAUCUUCUUCAGUUUCUCGAGGGAAAUAUGAUGUUUUCUUGAGUUUCAGAGGUGAGGAUACCCGCAGGAAUUUCACGGAUCAUCUUUAUGCUGCAUUUAAAAGGAGAGGAAUCACCACUUUUAGGGAUGACGAAAAGCUCGAGACAGGUGAACCCAUAGCACCUGAGCUCUUCAAAGCAAUUCAUGAGUCAUGGUGCUCUGUAAUCGUUUUGUCGGAAGGGUAUUGUUUCUCGAGUUGGUGCCUACAAGAGCUUUCCGAGAUUAUUCAACAGAAAAACGACAAGGGACAUAAAGUCUUCCCUAUUUUCUAUUAUGUGGAGCCAUCUAAUUUGAGAAAACAAACCGGAAAAGUUCUAGAAGCUUUUCUUAAGCAUGAAAAUAAUUUCCAGGACAACAAAGAGAAGACACAAAGAUGGCGAUCUGCUUUAACUCAAGUAGCUAACAUCAAAGGAUGGCACUUGAGUAACAGGCAUGAAUCAGAACUUAUUGGAGAAAUCAUUGAAAAGGUAUCAACAAAAUUAUGUCAAACAUUUGCAAGUGCUCCUAAUGACAUGAUUGGAAUUGAAUCACGUUUGGAAGAGUUAAAUUGCAAAAUAGGCAUAGGGGAGGAAGAUGAUAGUGUUCGGAUUAUAGGGAUUUGUGGUAUGGGCGGGUUAGGUAAAAUAACUCUUGCAAGAUUUGUUUAUACCCAAAUUUCAAGUCAUUUUGAAGGCCAAAGCUUUCUGGCCGAUGUUCGUGAGGUUGCGGAGAAACAUGGACUUGUUUAUUUGCAGAAACAACUUCUUUCCCAAAUUUUUCCAGAGGAAAGUUUCAACUUUUUUAAUGUUCAUGAUGGGAAUGACAUCAUAAGUCGUAUGUUAUCUCAUAAAAAGAUUUUUGUUGUUAUUGAUGAUGUGGAUAACAUACAACACUUAAAAUGUUUGAUAGGCAGGAGAGCUUGGUUUGGUUUAGGAAGCAGGAUCAUCAUAACAACAAGAGACGAGCAUCUGCUGCAAAUCUACGGAGUGGAUGAUGUGUAUAAUCCGACGAAAUUGAAUGCCAAGGAAGCACUUCGCCUUUUCAGUUUGAAAGCUUUCAAAAGUGAAACACCUGCAAUGGAAUUUUUCGAGCUUUCUAAACGUGUAGUGGAAUAUGCCAAUGGCCUUCCGUUAGCUCUUGAAGUUUUUGGUUCUUUUCUGUCUGGCAGAUCAGAUGAAGCUCAAUGGAGAAGUGCUAUUGAAAGACUUAAAAAGGAGUCCAACAAAGAAAUUCUAGACAGGCUUCAAAUAAGCUUUGAUGGGUUAGAAAAAUCGGAGAAAGAUAUAUUUUUGGAUAUUGCAUGCUUCUUCAAAGGAGAAGACAAAGAUAUGGUAACCAAAAUUCUCGAUGGUUGUGGCUUUUUCCCGGAUAUUGGAAUAGAUGUCCUCAUCAAGAAAUCUCUUGUAUCAAUUGAUGAAGACAACAAAUUGUCGAUGCAUGACUUGUUACAAGAGAUGGGAAGGAAAUUUGUUUACCAAGAAUCUCCUAAUGAACCUGCAAAACGUAGUAGAUUGUGGGACGAAAAGGAUACUAAUUAUGUGCUAAUAGGAAACACUGCAACGGAAGUUGUUCAAGGUCUAGUCAUCGAUUCUAUCAGGAAACAGAAUACUUGGACUUUGAGUGCUGAUGCCUUUUUGACAAUGAACAGGCUAAGACUGCUCAGAGUCUUCAAUGUUCCAAAUUCUCGUGAUUUCAAAUAUCUUAGUAACGAGUUAAGGCUUUUAGAAUGGCAUGGAUAUCCUUUCAAAUCCUUCCCUUCAAGCUUCCAACCAGAGAACCUUGUUGCACUUCUUCUGCCUUAUAGCCGCAUUGAAAAGUUGUGGAAGCCAAACAUGCCUUUAUUUAAGUUAAAAUUGGUCGACCUCAAAGGUUGUAAAAACCUUGUGAAAACACCAGACUUCAGUAUGGCCCCAAAUCUUGAAAGUUUGAUUCUGGAAGGUACUGCAAUAGUAGAUAUUGAUCCUACCGUCAAGUUUCUAAGGAGGCUGAAGCUUUUGAAUUUAAGAAACUGCAAGAGACUUAGGAUUUUCCCAUCCAAAAUUGGGAAUGGAUCUCUACAAACAUUAAUUCUUUCAGGUUGCUCAAAUAUAGACAGGAUUCCAGAGAUUGUGGGGGAAAUGGAAUGUCUGAAAGAGCUUUGUUUGGAUGGGACUGGUAUUAAAGAACUUCCCUUUUCAAUUGGACAUCUCAGGAGUCUUAUGUUGCUAAAUUUGAAAGAUUGCAGUAAGCUUGAGAGUCUCCCAAGCAGCAUAGGUGGGUGUGAAUUCCUUAAAACUCUUCUUCUCUCUGGCUGCUCUAAACUUAAAAAUUUUCCAGAGAGUUUGCGACAACUAGAAUCUUUGGAGGAGCUUAACCUGAGUGAGACUGCCAUAACGACACCACCAUCCUUCAUCUUUCAUUUGAAAAUCUCAAGUUUCUUUCUUUCCAAGGAUGCAAGGGACCACCGUAUAGAGUACGAUCACAUUGGCGUUUUAUUUCUAGGCCCACACCAAGACUUACUUGUCCUCGUUGGAAAUUCUACAGCUUAGUGAUAACAAUUUCAUCACCCUACCUGCAACUCUUAGUCGACUUUCCAAGCUUACUAGUCUAGUACUGACUGACUGUAAAAGGCUUAAAUCAUUGCCCGAGCUACCAGCAAGCAUAAAAUUAUGGAUAGACGGUUGUGCUU